CCGGGGAGCCCCAGCCAGCCUCGCCAGCAUGCCUCCCCUCCCUGCUCACCCCCUCCUCCUCCUCCUCCUCCCCCUCCUCCUCCUCCAGGGAGCCCGCGCCGAGCCCGGCCAAGGCGCCCAGGUCUGGGUCCGCUUCGCCCAGCCCGAACCCCCCGAGGCCCAGGGUCCCAUCUACGGCACCUUCCCCGACGGCUUCAUCUGGGCCGUGGCCAGCUCCGCCGGCCAGGGGGACUGGGGGGCCCCGUCCUCCCCCUCCUGCUCCUCCUUCUUCUCUUCCUCCUCCUCCCUCUCCUCCUCCUCCUCUUCAUUCUCCCAUUCCUCCUCCUCCUCUUCAUCCUCCUUCUCCUCCUCCUCUCCUUCCUCCUCCUCCCUCAACUCCUCUUCUUCCCUCUCCUCCCUCUCCUCGUCGUCCUCCCUGUCCUCUUCCUCCCUCCCUUCCUCCUCCCUCAACUCUUCUUCCCUCUCCUCCUCUCCUUUCUCCUCCUCCCAUUCCUCUUCCUCCUCCUUCUCCUCUCCCUCCUCCCUCUCCUCCUCCUCCUUCCUCAACUCCACUUCUUCCUCUCCUCCUCCCCCUUCUCCUCCUCCUCCUCCCUCAACUCUACUUCUUCCCUCUCCUCCUCCUCCCUCUCCUCCCCAUCCUCCUCCUUCCUCCCUUCCUCCUCCCUCAACUCCUCUUCUUCCCUCUCCUCCUCCCCCUCCUCCCUCUCCUCCUCUUCCUCCUCCCCCUUCUCCUCCUCCUUUAACUCCUCUUCCUCCCCCUUCUCCUCCUCUCCCCCCUCCUCCCCCCACCGACCUCGUCUUCCGUCACCUCCUCCGGGAGGCGGAGGCGCUGCGCGGCCUGGGGGUCACUCACUUCCGCUUCCCCAUCUCGUGGGCGCGGGUGCUCCCCGGCGGUGCUCCCUGCCGGGCGGGGAUCGGCUUCUACCAUCACCUCCUGGGCGCCCUGGAGGGGCUCGGGGUGCGGGCGGUGGCGGCGCUGGCGCCCGCCGAGCUGCCCCUGGCCUCGGGCUGGACCCACCCGGCCUCCGUGCGCCUCUUCCUGGCCUAUGCCGAGCUCUGCUUCCGCGAGUUCGGACCCCGCGUCCGCCUCUGGCUCACGCUGGACAACCCCUACCUGCUGGCUGCGCGCGGGGCCCGGGGGGCCUACCUGGCCGGGCACCACCUGCUGCUGGCCCACGCGCAGGCCUGGCACCUCUACAACAGCACGUUCCGGGCGCAGCAGGGCGGCGAGGUGUCGCUGUCGCUGGGGUCGCACUGGGUGACGCCCCGGAGGCCCGGCCACCCGGAGGACGUGCGGGCGUGCCAGAGGUCGCUGGAGUCGGUGCUGGGCUGGUUCGCGAGGCCCGUGUUCGGGGACGGGGCCUACCCGGAGGCGCUGGGCGCGGGGGCGGCGGCGGGGGCCCCCGAGCUCUCGGCCCGCGAGCGCGCGCUGGUGCGGGGCAGCGCCGACCUGUUCGCGCUGUCCUUCGGGCCCGCGCUCCUCCUCCGGCCGCCCGAGCCCCGCGUCGCCCGCGGGCAGCGCUUGUCCCUGGACCUCCGGCGGCUGCUGCGCUGGGUGAGCCUGGAGUACGGCCGCCCCCGCGUGCUGGUGGCCGAGGCCGGCUGGUUCGAGCCCGCCCGCACCCGCACCGGCGACGCCAAGCACGCGCAGUACCUCAAGAGGUUCGCGAUGGACGCGCUCAGAGCCAUCUUGCUGGACGGCGUCGACGUCGUCGGCUUCACGGCCUCUGCGCUCCUGGACGCGCCCGAGCGGCUCCGUGGACGCGGCGUCCGGCGCGGCCUGUUCCACGUCGACUUCCGGCGCGCCGACGCCCCGCCCGCGCCCAAGGCCUCGGCCGCGCUCUACCGGAAGCUGCUCCGCGACCGCGGCUUCCCGACCCGCCCCGAGCUCCGCCCCCUGCGCAGCCACUUUCCCUGCGGCUUCGCCUGGGGCGUGGUCGACGGGCUCGUGCCGGUGGACUCCGCCCCCUCCCAGCCCCCCGACCCCACCGUCUACCUGUGGGACCCACGCGGGACCCGGCAGCUCACGCUCAUCCCCGCGGCCUCCAUCCCCCCACGCGCGCCCCGUCCCCCGUCCUGCGGGGACCUGUCCGCCGUGCGCCUCCGCGUGUCGCUGGCCGCGGAGUUGGGCGUCACGCACAUGCGCUUCGCGCUGGACUGGGCCUCGCUGCUCCCGGGGGACGCGUCGCGCGUGGACGGGCGGGCGCUGCGCCUCUACGCGUGCCUGGCCGGGGAGCUGGCGCGGGCAGGCGUGGAGCCCGUGGUGACGCUGUGGCAGCCGGGCGCGGGGCUGCCACGCGCGCUCGCGUCCCGCGGGGCGUGGGGGCACGGGGCGCCCCGGGCCUUCGCGGCCUACGCGGGGCUGUGCUUCCGCGCGCUGGGGGGCUCCGUGAGGACGUGGCUGACCCUGGGGGAGCCCGACCCACGCGCGACCUCCCCGCGCGAGGCCCGGCACAUGCUGCGCGCCCACGGCCUGGCCUGGAGGCUCUACCACGCGCGGUUCCGGGCCGCGCAGGGCGGACGCGUGUCGCUGGCGGUCAGGGCCGACUGGGCCGAGCCCGCGUGGGCCCCGUCGCGAGCGGACCGGGAGGCGGCGCAGGCGGCGAUGGAGAGGGACGCGGCGUGGAUGCUGGACCCCGUGUUUGGGGCGCGGGGGGACGGAGAGGACGACGGCGGGUACCCACGCAGGACACGGGAGAGGGUGCGGCGCGUGUGGGGGGUCACGCUGCCCGGCUCACGCGCGGGGACCUGGGGGCUGGUGCGUGGGGCCGUGGACUUCCUCGCCGUGGCGCACUACGGCACCGCGCUGGUGGCCGCGAGGGACUGGGACGCGUGGGACGAGGACGCGGGGGACACGGACGCGCGCGUGCAUGCAGAAGAGGAUGCAGAUGGGCAUGCAAAUGAGAAUGUAAAUAGACAUGCAAAUGUGGAUGCAAACGAACAUGCAAAUGAGCAUGCAAAUGAGGGUUCAGGAGGAGGGGAGGGCCGUGCAAAUGGCCGUGUGAACCAGGAUGCAAAUCUGUAUGCAAAUGAACACACAAAUGAAGGCACCGGAGGAAGGGAUGGACGCACAAACCGGGAUGCAAAUCAGCAUGCAAAUAAGAAUGCAAAUAAACAUGCAAAUGAGGAUGCAGGAGGAAGGGAUGACCGUGUAAACCAGAAUGUAAAUCAGUAUGCAAAUGGCCACGCAAAUGAGCACGCACAUCAGGACGUAGAAAGCCAGGAUGCAAAUGAGCAUGCAAGUCACCGUGCGAAUAGACAUGCAAACUACCAUGCAAAUGAGGAUGCAGAUGGCCAUGCAAAUGAGGAAGCUGUGGGAAGGGAAGGACGUGCAAAUGGCCGCACAAAGCGGGAUGCAAACCAGCAUGCAAAUCGCCAUGAAAAUGGACACGCAAAGGGGGAUGCAGAUGAACAUGCAAAUCGCCAUGAAAAUGGCCACGCAAAGGAGGAUGCAGAUGAGCAUGCAAAUCGCCAUGCAAAGGAGGAUGCAGAUGAGCAUGCAAAUGAGGAAGCUGUGGGAAGGGAUGGACGUGCAAAUAUCCGCACAAAUCGGGAUGCAAACCAGCAUGCAAAUCGCCAUGAAAAUGGACACGCAAAGGGGGAUGCAGAUGAACAUGCAAAUCGCCAUGAAAAUGGCCACGCAAAGGAGGAUGCAGAUGAGCAUGCAAAUCGCCAUGCAAAGGAGGAUGCAGAUGAGCAUGCAAAUGAGGAAGCUGUGGGAAGGGAUGGACGUGCAAAUGGCCGCACAAAGCGGGAUGCAAAUCAGCAUGAAAAUGGCCACGCAAAGGGGGAUGCAGAUGAGCAUGCAAAUCGCCAUGCAAAGGAGGAUGCAGAUGAGCAUGCAAAUCGCCAUGCAAAGGAGGAUGCAGAUGAGCAUGCAAAUCGCCAUGCAAAGGAGGAUGCAGAUGAGCAUGCAAAUCGCCAUGAAAAUGGCCACGCAAAGGAGGAUGCAGAUGAGCAUGCAAAUCAUCAUGCAAAUCGCCACGCAAACGAGGAUGCAGAUGAGCAUGCAAAUCGCCACGCAAAGGAGGAUGCAGAUGAGCAUGCAAAUCGCCAUACAAAGGAGGAUGCAGAUGAACAUGCAAAUCGCCAUGCAAAUCAGCAUGAAAAUGGCCACGCAAAGGAGGAUGCAGAUGAGCAUGCAAAUGAGGAAGCUGUGGGAAGGGAUGGACGUGCAAAUGGCCGCACAAAGCGGGAUGCAAACCAGCAUGCAAAUCGCCAUGAAAAUGGCCACGCAAAGGAGGAUGCAGAUGAGCAUGCAAAUGAGGAAGCUGUGGGAAGGGAUGGACGUGCAAAUAUCCGCACAAAUCGGGAUGCAAACCAGCAUGCAAAUCGCCAUGAAAAUGGACACGCAAAGGGGGAUGCAGAUGAACAUGCAAAUCGCCAUGAAAAUGGCCACGCAAAGGAGGAUGCAGAUGAGCAUGCAAAUCGCCAUGCAAAGGAGGAUGCAGAUGAGCAUGCAAAUGAGGAAGCUGUGGGAAGGGAUGGACGUGCAAAUGGCCGCACAAAGCGGGAUGCAAAUCAGCAUGAAAAUGGCCACGCAAAGGGGGAUGCAGAUGAGCAUGCAAAUCGCCAUGCAAAGGAGGAUGCAGAUGAGCAUGCAAAUCGCCAUGCAAAGGAGGAUGCAGAUGAGCAUGCAAAUCGCCAUGAAAAUGGCCACGCAAAGGAGGAUGCAGAUGAGCAUGCAAAUCAUCAUGCAAAUCGCCACGCAAACGAGGAUGCAGAUGAGCAUGCAAAUCGCCACGCAAAGGAGGAUGCAGAUGAGCAUGCAAAUCGCCAUACAAAGGAGGAUGCAGAUGAACAUGCAAAUCGCCAUGCAAAUCAGCAUGAAAAUGGCCACGCAAAGGAGGAUGCAGAUGAGCAUGCAAAUGAGGAAGCUGUGGGAAGGGAUGGACGUGCAAAUGGCCGCACAAAGCGGGAUGCAAACCAGCAUGCAAAUCGCCAUGAAAAUGGCCACGCAAAGGAGGAUGCAGAUGAGCAUGCAAAUGAGGAAGCUGUGGGAAGGGAUGGACGUGCAAAUAUCCGCACAAAUCGGGAUGCAAACCAGCAUGCAAAUCGCCAUGAAAAUGGCCACGCAAAGGAGGAUGCAGAUGAGCAUGCAAAUCGCCAUGCAAAUCGCCACGCAAAGGAGGAUGCAGAUGAGCAUGCAAAUCGCCAUGCAAAUCAGCAUGAAAAUGGCCACGCAAAGGAGGAUGCAGAUGAGCAUGCAAAUCGCCAUGCAAAGGAGGAUGCAGAUGAGCAUGCAAAUCGCCACGCAAAUGAGGAUGCAGAUGAGCAUGCAAAUCGCCAUGCAAAUCAGCAUGAAAAUGGCCACGCAAAGGAGGAUGCAGAUGAGCAUGCAAAUCGCCAGGCAAAUGGCCAUGCAAACAAGCAUGCAAACGAGGAUGCAGAUCGCCAUGCAGAUGAGCAUGCAAAUGAGGAUGCAGAUGAGCAUGCAAACGAGGAUGCAGAUGAGCAUGCAAACGAGGAUGCCGAUGAGCAUGCAAAUCGCCACGCAAACGGCCAUGCAAACAGGCAUGCAAACGAGGGUGCAGAUCGCCACGCAGACGAGCGUGCCGACGCGCGUGCAGGCCGCCGUGCACACGCGCGUGCCCGCGGGCCCCCCUGGAGCUGAGCGACGCCGCGUGGCCGCGCUCCCCGCGCCGGGCGCCCGUGGUGCCGCGGGGGCUGCGGCGCGCGCUGACGUGGCUCACGGCGCGGUACGGCCGCGCGCCCGUGUACGUGGCCGCCAGCGGCGUGGACGGCGGCG